AUGCAUCCUGUCAAAGUGAUAUAUAUAUUGGCGGCUACGGUCCUUCCGACGUACACCGCCGCAUCAUCCCUACCGGUUAUAGACCUGGGCUAUGAACUCCACCAGGCGAUUUCUCUCGAUCAAUCCACCCAAGCCUACAACUUCAGCAACAUCCGCUAUGCAGCAUCACCCGCAGACACAGGGCGGUUUCUGCCCCCGCGCCCACCGACACAGGACCGCACAGAAGUCCAGACCGGGUCGGUGGGGCGUGUAUGUCCGCAGGGUGCACUCACCUGGGAACAGGAGAUCAUGCCCCCGUUUAUGAGUAGUGUCGCGGCUGGGACUGAAUUCAAUGCGUCUGGCAACGUGGAUGAUUAUCCGAUCGUUGAGCCGCCACGGGAUGCUAGGAUCACGGAAGACUGUCUGUUUCUGGAUGUGGUUGUGCCAAAGAGGGUGUUUGAUGGACGGGAAGCGAAUGCGUCGCUUGCGCCGGUGUUGGUUUGGAUCGAUGGCGGGGGGUAUAUCUCUGGGGAUAAGAGUGAGAGGGACCCGAGGGGUCUGUUGAAGAUGGGCGAGGAGCGAGAGGUGGAGCUUGUUUAUGUGGCGCUGAAUUAUCGGCUCGGGGCGUUUGGGUGGUUGGCUGAUGUCGAAGGCGAGGGGUUUGCCAAUGCAGGUCUGUAUGAUCAACGUCUGGCCUUGGAGUGGGUGAGGGAGUAUAUCGCUCUCUUUGGGGGAGAUCCGGAUCGCGUCACUGUCAUGGGCCAAUCUGCCGGUGGAGGGUCUGUCAUCCAUCAGCUCGCAGCGUACGGCGGAAACAAAACAGAAGACCUGCCCUUUGGACAGGCCAUCAUCCAGAGCCCAAUGUGGUAUCCGCAGUCGACGGAGCAGCAGGACUCAGCCCGACGGCGGUUCUUGGAACUGCUCAACGUGAGCUCGAUCGCGGAGGCACGUGGUCUCCCAUCGAGCCAGUUGAUCGCGGCAAACGCCCACCAGAUUGCCAGCACGCCCGUGUAUGGGACCUUCACAUAUGGACCGGUUGUUGACAGUGCAUUUGCCCCGGACUUACCGAGCCGCACUGUGCGCGAUCCUAGCUUCAAGUGGAAGCAUCUCCGCAUCAUGACCAGUCACACGUCCAACGAAGGCCUAGUUUUUACCCCACCAGCAGGCACCAACUCCUCUGCCUACCAAUCCAUUGUCGAGGCCUACACCCCGAGCAUGUCGCCUGAAACAAUAGAAAACAUCUCUCAAACGCUUUAUCCGCCCGUGUACAACUCUUCCUCGACGAGUCUGGGAUAUGGCAGUCCACUGGAGAGGGUUUCCCUCACGGUGAACGAUGCAUUCUUCCAGUGCAAGAACCGCUAUCUCAACACCAUUUUCGAUACCGCGUACGCAUCGGUAUUCAGCGUUCCACCGGGGUUACACUCCCAAGACAUACCCUUCACGUUCUAUAAUCACUCACAGCCAGAUAUUGAAGCCGGGCUCUUCGAUGAGGACCUCGCCCUGACGAUCCAGGAUCACAUUGUCUCAUUUGUGCGUGACGGUGUCCCGUCUUCCCGACAGGGGACAACAUGGGAGACCUAUGAGAAACACGGGCGCGUAUUGGGUCUGGAAUCAAACAACAUCACGAUGGCCCCUGAUCCGGUGGACGACAGCCGGUGCCGGCUAUGGUGGGAGUGGAGUGGGUGAUAUGUUUAAAUUAAGCAUCAUCACCAUGAUCCAUCAGGUCCGGGUCGGAAAUUAUGUAAAUUCCGCGUGCGCUGUACUGUCCAUGAUAUUUUCGAGUCGAAUGGCAAAUGUAACGAGAAGGUGACACCGUGCCCAGGAUCGGCGCAGGGAUCAGUCAUAUUCGAGCGAUCCAAAAUUCAGGCAAUUGAGCGACCCAUCGUGG